GCAUCUCCUGUCAAAGUACCCACCAUCGCACCGGUCGAGGCAGUGUCCUGUCUUUGGAUCACAGUCGGAACAGUGCUGAUUGUCAUUGCACGGUGCAGCUGCAACAUGAAACGUUUCAAAGAUUGAGACAGUGAAAAUAGUGAAGACACAAUGCGGAAUGGGCUUUACCAUCCACCAGGUCAUUUUUCUACUGGUCUGUGAACUACACACAAUAGACGGGCAAUCGAGUGUCUGUCCUCCAUCUGUACCUGAAGAGUAUUGUGACAGCAACUGUCCUCCACACUGUGCCCUUCUUGAGGAUAAGCACUCAUUCUGUGACAAAAAAACAAGAGAGUGUUUGGUUGGGUGUAAACCUGGCUGGUACGGUUCAAGUUGUCAGCAUUCCUGUAGCAAGAACUGCUUCGCCAGAACAUGUAACCAACAUAAUGGGUAUUGCACAUUCACCUGUCCAGCCCACUACAACGGAGAUUUUUGUGAAGAACACAUAAUCAAGGCUACAGAGUCAACAAAAACUUAUUUACUUCUACUUCUCGGAUAUCCGGUCCUCAUAUUUCCAACCGUCGUUUUCAUGGUGCUUUAUUGUCGACAAAGGAGCGAACUAUUGCGUUUGAAACGACGGAGACGCCAAAUACACUGAUGGGUGGGACAGAGAAGUCACAGAAGAAAAGUGAAUACCUUUUCAGUCUUCUUUUGGUCAUCAUCACUCCACUAUUUGCCAAUGAAUGUCCACAAUGUCUACACAACGACUGUGACAGCACUGGACUAUGUAUUAAAGGAUGUAAAACGGGAUUUGCAGAUAAGUAUUGUCAGUAUGUUUGCCCGGAAACAUGUCAACAGUCCAGAUGUGAAGUGGGUGCUACGGGUGCGGUCGUGUGUAGUUUAGGUUGCAUAGAUGGAUACCACGGUCCAUGGUGUAACAUCCCCUGUGCAGAUGGGUAUAAACAUUGCUCUCUAAGUCAAAGUAACGGUUCAAGUGAAUGCAAGACUAAUCGGUAUGGGAAUCACUGCCAGCAUUCGUGUGAAGAUACAUGUAGGGGGUUUGCUUGUGAUGACCAAGGGUUGUGCUUGUCGACUUGUACUGGCGGCAGAUUUGGAGCAAACUGCAGCCUAACUUGCAGAGAACAUCAACAGUCAUGCCAACAGAACAGCGGACACUGUGUGGCAUGUAACUAUGGAUACUACGGUGAUGUCUGUGAGAAGGCAUGUCCCAGUUGUUUACCUGUCUGGGAAGACAAGGUUCAGAGAUGCAAACCCGGAUGCACCAUAUGCACCGAGGAAGAUAAAGAAAACACAGGCACACCUACAUUUUAUUGGGAACAAGAGGCGCGGGUAGUCACCACCGUUUCGCUAGCCAUCUCUGCUGUCUCGUUAAUUCAGCUGUCUAUAAUAUGUGUAUACCUAUUAAGACGAAACUGUGGAACAACCAGCAGGAGUGACGAAUAUAAAAACACAGAUAUAAGAUACCGUCAUUGGGAGUCUAAAAGUGAAGAUACUCCUGGUGAAAAUGAGUCGAUGCUCAACCAAAUAGAUUAACAACACGAAACAGCUACCACCAUAAUGGAAACCGACUCAUAAUGGAAACCGUUAUCUACUCCUCUUGAAAAAUGUUUCAAGGUUUCUUGAAGUUCUUGAGUUAUCCUAUGUUCAUUGCCAUUCAGCUUGUUUUGUUUUCAUCACAUGGUUUUAUUUGUGUUUUCUGAGUUCAUAAUUUAAUUUUAUUCAUUAAUUGUAUACUAUUGUUUUAAAAUGUUGUAUUAAUCAUUGGGAAGUUCUGAUUUUGACAAUCGUCAAUUCUGUUGGAAUGUUGGGAUGUACGUGUUUAUCAUUCUCUGCGGAAACUGUGAUUUUUUCGUUGACAGAAAUAUAAUAUUAACCUAUGCAAAACUUCAGUGGUUAUUGGUGAAAUCUCCAUAUUGAACUGGAAAAUGUAUUGUUAAAAUUUUAAAUAACAGGUAUUCCAUGUGUAAUAUAGUUUUGUAUAAUGCUUGCUAUGCUUGUCAGACUUUUAAUAUUAUGGCAAUUAAAUAAAAACAACAUAAUUAUAAACUAAAUCUCUAAAAUUGUUUACUGCUGUUUGUUGUAAUUGCUAAUUGGUUACUCCUGCUCUAUAUUGAAAAUAUUAAAAUGCACUUCUUUAAUUCACUACUUAAACAUAUGUUGCCUUACUAUUUUAUGUAAACGGGCGAUAAAUGUAAGAAAUCACAACAUAAAUAUAGUAUGCGCCUGUGUUCAUUAUCUCAAAACACACAAUUCAACGACGUUUGAUCCAAAACUUGAGAAAUACCACAAUUCUACAGACGUUCGCAAUGUAAGAAUUGUAGAAAAGUGACGUCACAUUUUAACAAAAGUAUCCUAUGGCGUCACAGGUUCAGACGGUCGGUCAGAGGUUUUGGAUCCACUUAUGUAUUUAAAAUAAUGACCCUCCCCUAAUGCUGGUCAUAUUUUUGGAUGAACCUCACCAUGCCCUUGAACAUUUUGUUCACUAUCCUACCUUUAUGUGUGUAUUAUUUUUUGUUUUAACCCUCUCUUAGAGGGUCAUAUUACUUUUAACCAAACUUAGAACAGAACUGUAUAAUUGUAUUUAAUUUUGCUCUGUUUAACCAGAUUGAGUUUUGUGGCUCUCUAGCUUGUUUUGUUUUCCCGCAGUUGAUUAUUCGUUUAUUGGUAGUAAGUUAUCUUAUUGAUCAAAGGGCUUUAUUUAUCACUCAUAUCCUAGUGAAAUUUGGUUCAUAGUUUUAUGCUGACCUUAAUAAAUAAAUUUGAAUGGACUGGAAAAUAAACUGCCGUGCAACAUGGAACAAACAAGAGAUGGUUAUUUGUUUAACAGGGGUAUUAUAGUUGUGUUUUGGACUUUAAGUUGGCAGUGUUUUGGCGACUGUUUUCGGCCAAGUAAAGUUUGAUAACGUUAGUCAUCUUAGGGCCAAAUCCAAUUUUCAAGUGUAUGCUUUCUUUUGCCCGCCAGUUUAAAAUAUAUUUAUGUGGGGUAGUUGGGGUUCGAAGCCUUGUUCCAAUAUUUGUUGUUGUUCGCUUAUCUAUAUGAAUAAAGAGAUCUGGUAGCUCA